AUGGCUCGAUUCGAUUCCUCGUCGGGCUCCGAAAGCCCCGAUAGCCCCUCGGCCGUUGUAACGGGCGCUAAGCGAAGCAGGAAAAGGGGCAAUGGCAAGAACAGAUCGCGCGACCGAAAUUCCAACGAUGCCAACGCCGCGCCCGGUGCCAAUGGCGCCUGUACCAUUGGAGAGCGCCGAUCGAGCGUCAGCAAGCCGGCGCGCGAUUUCCGAGACAUGCCAGAACCGUCGCCCAAGAAGAAGAAGAGACGGACGGGUGCUGCCCCGGCCCCGAUCAAGGAAGCACCGACGCCCGACGCCGCCGCCGAGGCGUCAACCAGGUCGCCGAGCCCCGUCAUCGACUUCGACGGUCUUAGCCGGCCCGUCGUCGGGACGCGGGAACGGCUGGAAGAGGACGACGCGCAGAAAGAGGUCCGGCUGGCGCGGAUGAAGGGCGCCGUCCGGACGCUUCUCGAGUGCAUCGGCGAGGACCCGGACCGCGAAGGCCUGCUGGCAACGCCCGAGCGCUACGCCAAGGCCAUGCUCUACUUCACCAAGGGCUACCAGGAGAACGUGCGCGACAUCGUCAACGGCGCCAUCUUCCAGGAGGGCCACAACGAGAUGGUCAUUGUCAAGGACAUUGAGGUGUUUAGCAUGUGCGAGCAUCACCUGGUGCCCUUCAACGGCAAGAUGCACAUUGGCUACAUACCGGCCAACGCCGUUAUUGGCAUCUCCAAGCUGCCGCGCAUCGCCGAAAUGUUUGCCCGCCGCCUGCAGAUCCAGGAGCGCCUCACUAAGGAGGUGGCCAACGCCAUUAUGGAGGUGCUCAAGCCGCAGGGCGUCGCCGUCGUCAUGGAGUCGAGCCACCUCUGCAUGGUCAUGCGCGGCGUCCAGAAGACGAGCAGCAGCACCAUCACCAGCUGCGUGCUGGGCUGCUUUGAGAGGAAGGAGAAGACCCGGAACGAGUUCCUGAGUUUGAUUGGCGUCAACCGCUGA